UUACAAGGAACCUAACUUGUGAAUCUAAAUUGAUUUUAGAGAGAAGUUUCUCUAUCUAUAUCACACACACACACUCACACAAAUCUAUAUUUAUCUUUCAAUGGUAACGUCUGCUCACCAUCUAGGCAAAUUUCUAUAUUGUGCUCCUCUAAAAAUAUCUCUUAUUUGAACAGGUUUCUUACACAUUUAGGUUUUCCUCAAACUUUGAAAAAGGGUAACCGAAUCUGUACUUUCACACAACUUACCCAUUUCUUUUUUCAUGUCAUGUGAGAAUUUUGGAUGAGAGAAGAAGAUGAAGACUAUAAGUGGUUUAGGGAUAGGGUUGAGUUUGGUGUGUGGGUUUCUUCUAUUAGCACUUGUUGCAGAAGUCUAUUACCUUCUGAGAAGGAAGAAGAAGAUCAUAAGCCAAGAAAGCGAAGAAGAGAAAGAAGAAGACGAACAGGUUGGGUACGCUAAGGAACUUAUCCAGCUGUUCUGUUUCAAAGAGCCUGAGGCCAACAAAGGCGAAAGAGAAGUGGAAAUCUCGAGGAAUCAAGAUUUAGAACUAGGGUUUGAAGCAGAGCUAAUGAAACUUCAUAACCAAAGGUUUCUCUUCACAAUCAUAGAAGAGACAAAAGCAGAUUUGGAAUCUGAUGAUGGAAAAUCAAGACUAGGCUCAAGGUCAAGAAGAAGGAGCUUGAGUAAUCUUCCGCUGGGAGUAAAUGACUGUACUACCCCUGGUUUCACUCCAUUGACUUCUCCUACUACACUAACGUCCUCUCCCUUGGAGUCUUACUCACGCCACGGAUACAAUCCUCUGUUCGAGUCAGACGGGGAGCUUGAGUUUAAUAAGUUUUUCAGGUCUUCUUCUUCUUCUUCUUCUCCUCCGCCUAAGUUCAAGUUCUUGAGGGAUGCUGAAGAGAAGCUGAGGAGGAGACUGAUCGAAGAGAAGCUGAGGAGGAGACUGAUCGAAGAAGCCGAAGUAGGAGAGCAAAAACAAGAACUUUCGAUUAUAUCGGAGGGUUCGUUUCUGAAGUUCAUGAAUCCUGCGAUGGUGAACAGAGAAGAGAAACAGAGUAGUCAAGAAUCUGAUGAGACGGUCUCGUUUUCUCAUUCUUCUUCUUCAUGUACAAAUCUUAGAACGUUAGACCAGAGGUCCACACUGGUUGUUUAGUAGUUAGACAUCUCUUGCUCUACUCCUUACUUUUUUUGUUUGUUGAAAUUUUUAUAAGAAUUUCAAUUUUAUUUGUGUGAA